GUGAAACCCAUUCAGCCAGAGGGGUUUUGUUGGGACAUGUGAGUUGUAUUUACGCCCCGAUCUGAGCCAAUGGCCGGGCAGCGUGAGUCACGGGGGCUGGAGCUCCGACUAUUUCUUCUUGCCCUCUCUCUCUCUGUCUGCUCUCAACACAUCCUUCCUCCUUGUCCGUCUGUCUGAUCCCAACCACUCUACCGACCACUCUACCGACCACCCACCGACCACUCUACCGACCACUCUACCGACCACCCACCGACCAUGGCUGGAUCCUCAGAGAGCAGCAGCGCAGCGGAGCGUAUCGGAUACAUCACCCGGGUGCAGAGCUUCAGCGCCUGCCACCGACUCCACAGCAUUCACUUGAGUGAUGAGGAGAACAAAAGUGUUUAUGGGAAAUGCAACAACCCCAAUGGUCAUGGACACAACUACAAAGUGGAGGUGACAGUGCGUGGAAAGAUCGAUCGGUGCACCGGGAUGGUCAUGAACCUGACCGACUUGAAGAAGGCCAUUGAGGAAGUUAUCAUGACUCCACUGGACCAUAGAAACCUGGACAAGGACGUGCCAUACUUUUCCAGUGUUGCCAGCACAACUGAGAACCUGGCUGUUUACAUCUGGGACCACAUGGUGAAGGCGCUCCCUCCCAACCUGCUCUACGAGAUUAAGAUUUACGAGACGGAUAAGAACGUUGUUAUAUAUCGAGGAGAGUAGAUGUCCAAGUGAUGAUAUAAUGUGGUGUUUGAUCUGGUCACCCUGGACAUGUAUAAGUGCCAUUAAUUUGCUGUUUAUCUGACUUCACUGUUUGCCUACUGAUGACUGCAGAUCUGGUUAGUUAGACUGACACAGGUUUAUGAAGGCUGAUGUUGUUACACUUGCACUUUAUAGACCAAAGAUUUUGUAGCAAAUCCAAAUGUUCAGUAUUCUUGUAGAGUUUGUAUUCUUCGUAUAUAUGUGGGACCAAAUAUUACAUGUACAUAUAUAUGAUGUUUAGUAGAUCAAUUCCAUAUAUUCCAGGAUGUUUUAUCCUUAAUAUAAGACAGUUACACUCUUUCAACUGUAACUGUAGAUUCAAAAUUCAGAUAUUGUCAUAUCAACGUGGUUUAUUGAAAUUUAUCUUAAUAAACUUGAACAAAAACAGGAAAAGAGAAAAUGUGUAAAACCACUCACUCAUAAGAGGAGAAAUAAUUAUUUUAAUUUAAAUCCACCUUUUGAUAAAAUGAUCAUCUCCACUCUGACUGAGGUCUAUGAAUAGCUGUUUACACUCAGUGCACACUGUGAACUGGCCAAUAGUGACUAGUGGUACCAGCCUGUAUCUCUCAACCUGCUGCAUUAAACCUGAUUGUGUAGAGUUUAUCCAGUGCUGUUUCUUACAGUAAAACAGUUUUAAAUAAGUGAAUUACUUGUUACCUGUUUAAAGGAAUGGUUGUGUGUUACGUCAUUUAGAUGACCCAGCCUUUAUUCAGACACAUUAAAGGAGUACCAGUGA